AUGUUUUCGAGCAUCCAAAGGAACAUAAUCGAGCCAUACCUGGUCCUGCGACAGAGCUUGGCGCCUCUGAAGCUGUCUAGAUGGCAACUAACGAAAAUCAUGUCCCGCACUGCGUUUGACGGGCUGCCGUCUGGGACUUUUGUUGUCCUGGGGGUAUUGGUGCUUUUCGUUGCGGUAACCCGCUUCCAAUCCAUGAAAGACACACGCGCAAAAGAGAUCCCAGGGCUUCCUAUCGUGAAGCGAAACCACACGCACUUCCUCGACAUCGUCAGAGAGGGGCGAGAGCUGUACCACGGCCAACCAUUCAUGGCUGUCAACAAGCGGCACAGCCUCGUGGUGUUUCCGCCCUCGUGUUUCGACGAGAUCAAGCGGCUUCCGGCACACACCGCGUCCGCAAAGGCAUUCGUCAACACUGCCAACUACGGCCAGUGGAGCCACGUCGGGGAGGAGUCGCCGGAGCUGGCCAAGUCGCUAAUCGCGGAUCUGACACGCUCGCUCCCGGCAAGGGUGCGUGUUCGACAAGAGGAAUGUCGGGACGUGUUUGACGAGGUCAUCGGGCGCCGACGCGACUGGAGGGAGUUCCCACUGCUGACGACCACGUUGGAAAUCAUCACUCAGAUGAACGCGUGCUCCUUCGUCGGCAGGAGAUUGGCUACCGACAGGAGCUGGGUCAAGUCCGUCAUGAUGUUGCCCAUCUUCAUCCACGUCGCUGUGAUGCUGCUAGACGCCUGCCCCCUCGUCCUGCGGCCGUUUAUCGCGCCUAUUUACUUUUUGCCCAGCAUCAAAAACCAAUGGGAUUUGAAGCGGAUGCUCACCCCAGUUCUCAAGCGCGAUCUCGACGAGUACCACGGGGCGACGGACAAAAAGGAAUUCCUGCGGCCGCGAGCAGAAGGAAAGGUUCCCCUGACUGGCUUCCUUCUUUCCCACUACAAAUCAGCCCAAGCAUCCUUGAAGCAGCUGGUGUCAGACUACAUCAACCUGAUUUUUUAUUCAACCCCAAACACCGCAGCGGUGAUGUUCCACGCCCUCUGCGACUUGGCCGCUCAUCCCGAAGCUGUCGACGUUCUGCGCCGGGAACUCGACGAGGUGCUAGUUGACGGGAAACUGCCCGCCACUCAUCUGCAGGAACUGAGGAAAAUGGACAGUUUCCUGCGAGAAUCCUUCCGGAUGCACCCUUUCGGCAUCUUCACGCUUCAACGGCGCAUCGAGAAGCCCGUCCAGAUCUCGGUUGGGCCUACCCUGCCCCCGGGGACGCUGAUAGCCGUCGACGGGCAGGGGAUCGACCAGUCCCCCGCGCUGUGGACGAACCCGAGCGGGUUCGACAUGUACCGGUUCUACAACCUGCGGCAGAAGCCAGGCAACGAGAACCAGUUCCACUUCUUGACCACGGGCCCGGACUCGCCGGGCUGGGGCGACGGGACCCAGGCGUGUCCGGGCCGGUUCUUUGCCACCAACACGCUCAAGAUCGCCCUGGCGCACUUUCUUCGCAACUACGACAUCGAGAUGAAGCCAGAGUGCCUGCCGUUGAAAACUAGGCCCAUGGCGGACGGGCUUUGGUCUCCCGAUGAAAAGGCGAUUGCGCGCAUCAGGGCGCGGACUUGA